CCCUCUUGUAGGCUGCGCAUACGGCGGGAGCGACAAAUCAUGCGAUUCCGCCUUUCAUCGUGCAAUCAAGCUGCUGCAACGCUGACCUAAACGGGUUUCGGCGCCAUGAUCCGACUCUCCUCUGCGCCCAGCCGCCCGCGCGCUGUAUUUCACUGCUCCGCGCCGCCCGACAUUACGGCACGAUUGCAACACAGUCCCAAAACAAAGCGUCGGCGCAUCACUUAUCGUCUGUCCGCUCCUCGCUGACGAGGCGCAAUUACAACAGCCCCACCAACCAACCCAACAGCCUUGCCCCUCCACCCCUCGCCCUCGAUCCUCCCACCUCUCCGCAGCCAGCAUGGGCAAGCCGCCGAAUCUAUACGCCUUUCCGGGCGUCGACGAGCUCGCGCAGAGCCUGCGUGUCUUCGUCCUCGAUGCGCAGAACAGCGCGCUUAGCCGACAUCAGGUCUUCCGCGUCGCGCUGUCCGGCGGAUCUCUCCCCAAAGUCCUCGGCAAGGCGCUUCUCCAGGAGACAAAUGGCGGAGGCAAGGUACAAUUCGACAAGUGGGAGAUAUUCUACGCCGACGAACGCGCCGUGCCCCUCGACCACGAAGACAGCAAUCACAAGCUCGUCAAGGAAGAGAUCCUGGACAAGAUACCCGCCGAGCUGGGCCAGCCGAAGGUCUUCCCCAUCGACGUCAAGUACCUCGACGACGUACAAGAAAUGGCCGAUCAGUACGAGCAGACCUUGGUCAGCGUCUUCGCCUCGAGGGACAGUGUAAGGCUGCCCAUGUUCGACCUACUGCUGCUUGGCUGCGGUCCCGACGGCCACACCUGCAGCUUGUUCCCCGGCUCUCCACUCCUGCGCGAAAGCGACGCCUGGGUCCUACCGAUAUCAGACUCCCCAAAGCCCCCGCCAAAGCGUAUUACGCUCUCGCUGCCCGUGGCAACCCAUGGCAUCAAGAUCGGCUUCGUCGCCACGGGCGGAGGAAAGAAGGAUAUCAUGAAGCAGAUAUUCGACACGGAUGAGGGUCGCCAGCUUCCUUGCGGACUUGUCAACUCGCAGGCGCAAGAGAGGGUCAGCUGGUUUGUCGACUAUCCCGCCAUUGAGGGUGUCUCCUUCCCAGCGCGCCGCGGUAGCCUAUAGUCGCCGCUCGUUGCUGUGGUAAUGAGGUGGAAAAAAGUGCUUUGCAGUACCACACCACCCGGUCAUGCCUCGGGUUAGCCAGGAGAUCUCUGUCUUCUUUUGGUGGUGCUGGUACACGAUGUAUCCGGACUUUCUCUUUGUGCUUUCGCGAUGGAUAUCCACCCGGGCGUUG